UGAAUCUUGUCUAUGGUGGAGGUGGAGAUUAGUACAGAGUAUUAGUAUUUAUCUGUGCGUCAAACAGCAAUCCGUCAAAAUGCAGUGCAGUGUGUUCCUAAAAUGGCCAAUAUCUUAGAAGAAAAACUUCGCGAAGCAUCAUGCAUUGGUGACCUCGAAGCGGUAGAAAUUCUCCUUUCCCGAAACGUAAACGUUAAUUCCCAGAACUCUGUGAACGGAUGGACGGCCUUACAUUGGGCUUGCAAACGAGGAAAUGAAAAGAUUGUAAGACAGCUGCUCAAUUAUGGAGCCGACAAAAGUGUAAAGAAUUCUAAAGGAGAAACUCCCAGUGAUAUUUGUACUUUUUCAAACAUACAUGAACUAUUGGGAUCAAAUAAGAAUAUUGACACUGGAGGUCAAGUCAGUAAUGCAUUUCUACCCAGUUACAUUAAAAAUGCUCCAUUGAAUGGCCAGAUUGAACUAGGACCUAUUAGGAUUAAGCAGCCAGAUCUACUUAGUAUGCCAAAUACGUCAUUACCUGCAACACAAAAUGAUGAAUUGGUUCUAAAAGUGCGAAUCCACGAUUCGCCUGACCCCGACUUUAUAGAAAUCGAAAUCCCGAAGUGGAAAUUAACGUACAACGCUCUUUUGAAAAUUUGCUGUGAGGAGCUUGGCUUAUCCGAGUCACAAGUAGAUCGGAUUCGGAAAUUGCCCAACACACGACUUCGAAAAGACAACGACGUUAAACGAUUAACUGAUUUCCAGACUCUUGAGAUAGUCUUGAAAAGCAGGAGUAUUGAUACGUCUAGUAAUUGCUACGAAAGCAUUAGUGCUCGCAAAGAUCAAACUAUAUUAUAUUAAGGUCCGUCUUCCAAUGGUGAUUCGAACCUUAAGGGUGAAUGGCUGAAUAAGUUCAAACUGGUACAUCACCUCGCGCCCCCAGAAUCGAGACUUGUUUUUGACUUUUGUGAAGCAAAUCAUCUGUUUAAAGUAGUUAAGCCGAAUAAAUACUAGACAAUUUCUAACCAUA